AACCCAUUGGGAACUGACCAGAGGGAAUUCAUAUCGGAUCAUUUUUACUUUUAUAUUAACUACUUCACAAAUGAUGCUUCACAAUGGAUGAUUCACCCAACAAGGAUAUAGUAUUCGAAUCAACUUUGAACGGCAGAGAUACUGGAAUGCAUAUAACUGUCAAUGGAACGGUUGAAAAAACGCAAUCAGACGAAUGUAGUGAAGUAUACGAUAAACUUCAUUUAGCUCAAGAUGUAAUCAAAUGUUUAUCUGAAAGAUGUGAAGAAUUAGAAAAUUUAAGUGAAUGUCUUCCAUUUGUAAGGAAGGAAAUUCGUGGUCAAAUUGAUCAAAGUAUGCAGAUGAUUCAGAGAUCAGUUAGUGAACGUCAUGAUUAUCUUCUAAAUGAAUUGGAUUCCUGUUUAAGCUCACGAAACGAAGCGAUAAGCAAAUUACAUGCUGAAUUUGAAAUGAGACUUCAAAGACUUUCCUCACAUGUUGACCUAUUAAAAAGACUAACACAAACACAUUCCAAUGAUGAAACACCUCAAAUGCAAAAAGUAAAUCAGAAUACAGUUUCCAGAGAUCUUGCUGCUCAGAAACAUAAAGCUGAAAUUGAAAAGCUUAUUUCAGCUCCAUUGCCUCUGCAUCCUUCAGAGUCAGAUACAAUGUCAUUUUUCCCUACAGAUUUAGAUCAGCUUUUAAGUAUGGUCAAGUGUGUUGGGUCUUUAGGUUUAACUGCUGUUGAUGCCCAAAACACUGCUUUAUCAAAUAACUUUCUAGACCAGUUUACUUCAGUUAGACGUUGUCAAGCAAAUGAAGAAGUUAGGAUAGAUAUUCUCGCUAACGACCGAUUAGGUCGUACAGUAGCAAAUGCUUCGAGUAAAGAAUUCUCAGUCCUCUUGAAUCAAAGAUGUAAUAGUGAAAUUGAAGUUGGUAUUCAAGAAAAACAAAUAUCAGACAGCUGUUCAAGUUUAUCACAUAGUAAUAACGGAAAUGGAAAUCAUGAAAACACCUUACAAGUUAUCUAUAAAAUUUCUCAUCCAGGUACAUAUGAUUUAAGCAUUAAAUUAUUUGGUGAACAUAUAAAAGGAUCGCCUUAUUUUAUUAAUGUGGAAAGUCCAAUUAAACCAGAUUUACAAGCGAUAGCAGAUACAAUGAAAGAAAUAAGUGAACUGCCACAUCGUAAACGUAUCAAAAAGCAGUCGAGAAGACGUUGUCAGUCGGCACCUGUUUACUCUAAAUUACUUGAUCAACCAACUGCAUUAGCUGAUUUACAUAAAUUAGAAAGAGGUGACUUUUUAUAUUCUGUUGGAACAAAAGGUCGAGGUUAUGGUGAAUUUGCAAAUCCAACUGGUAUAUGUGUAACAAGAGAAAAUAAAAUACUUGUCGCUGAUAGUAAUAAUGCACUUGUUCAAGUAUUUACACUUCAAGGUCAAUUUUUAUCUCAUUUCGGUGAGUAUGGUUAUCAUCCUGGACAACUUAUGCGACCAGUUGAUGUAGCAGAAACAAUCAAUGGAAAUUAUCUGGUUUCAGAUUAUGAUUUACAUUGUGUUACAGUAUACAAUACAACUGGACAAUAUAUGUCCCGAUUUGGUCAACGUUAUCUUUCCGGGCCGAAGGGUAUGGUAGUCGAUAGUCGUGGACGUAUUAUUGUAGUUGAUCAAAAAUCUUGUAUGAUAUGCAUUUUUAAACCAACUGGAAAGUUUAUCAACCGUUUCGGUGCACGUGGUUUAGCUGAUAAUCAUUUUGGUAAUCCAGUGUUUGUUGCAGUUAAUUCACAAGAUGAAAUAUUCGUGUCAGAUCAUGCACAUCAUGCAAUUAAAGUAUUCGAUAUAAAUGGAUUAUUCUUGUAUAAAUUUGGUGUCAAUGGAAUUGAUCCGGGGAUGAUACAUGCUCCAACUGGUAUUGGAUUUGAUCGAUUCGAUUAUUUAUAUAUUAGUGAUUGGGGAAAUAAUCGAAUACAGGUAUUUGAUCAAAAUGGGAAUUAUGUACGCAUGAUUGACAGUAAACUCGAAGGUUUGAGUGGUCCUCAAGGUUUGGUGUUGCAUCAACUGUCCGAUAAACUUUUAGUCGUCGAUCCUGGUAAUUACUGCUUCAAAGUAUUCAAUGCUCAUUCAACAGGAGAGAAAAGUCAUUAAGCAGUGUCAGUACACACAUUGAAUGAGUGAAUGAAUGUUAGAAUAAAUAAAUAAAUAAAUAAAGUUGUAAUAGAGUACACAGAUUUCAGGAAACAUUAAACAAUACUCAAUAAAGCCUUUAUUGUUAUACUAUGAAGAAUGUUAAUGCAUUUUUUUAUUUCUCUCAUCUUUUUUUCUCCACUGUUCUCCACCUGCUCCUUCUUCUUCUUGUUCUACUGCUAAUACUACUACUACUUCUUUUAUCUUUUGUUCAAUGUACAACAACAAAUGAACUACCAUUUAGCUACAACCUCUGUCUUUGUAUAAAUUAUUUUUUAUGAAUUCUCAUAACAGAAAUAUUGCAAAUUUUCAAAAUAAUAAUGCUAU